GCUGGUGACGACACUGGCAGCAUCAACGAGCUAGUCGAGUGAGCCAAAUACACGCCACGUAUAUUCAUAUGUCAACAAAGCUACUUCAAACAGAAGUGCGAGUCGGCGGUAGUGUUAAUAAAUCUAUGCUAAAUAUUUGCUCUUUUGUAUAGCUGACACGUUAUUUAGAUCAGAUAUUAAGGCAAGUAGCCGAGCUUGCUUCGGCUAGCCAGCUAGCUAACUACUCGCUUUGAUAACAGUAGUUAGCUAGCUUAUGUCAUGGAUGAACUGAUUGUGGAAGUGAGAGGGACUAGCGGGGCCUAUUACAAGGCAUUUGUAAAGGAUGUUCACGAAGGAUCCGUUAGUGUGGCAUUUGAAAACAAUUGGCAACCAGAGCGGCAGAUCCCACACCAAGAUGUGCGGUUUCCCCCUCCAACAGGAUUCUGCAAGGAUAUCAAUGAGAAUGAUGAAGUUGAGGUCUAUUCCAGAGCCAAUGACAAAGAGCCAUGUGGUUGGUGGAUGGCCAAGGUUCGCAUGGUCAAAGGAGAGUUUUACGUGAUAGAAUAUGCAGCAUGUGAUGCUACCUUGAAUGAGAUUGUGACACUGGAUCGGCUAAGGCCGGUAAACCCCAACAAACCAGCCAGUAAAAAUACGUUUGUCAAGGUGAGACUGGAUGUUCCAGAGGACCUACGGCAAAUGUGCUCCAAGGAAUCAGCACACAAGGACUUCAAAAAGGCUGUAGGUGCGUUCAGCGUCACUUAUGACUCAGAGAAGAAACAGCUGGUCAUUCUGUCUGUGAAUGAAUUUACAACAAAGAGGGCCAACAUGAUGAGCGACAUGCACUUCAGGAGUCUUCGGACCAAACUGUCCCUCAUGUUGAGGAAUGAGGAGGCUUCAAAGCAACUGGAGAGCUCAAGACAGUUGGCGUCCCGGUUCCAUGAGCAGUUUGCUGUUCGGGAUGAUUUAAUGGGUCUCGCCAUCGGGACUCAUGGGGCCAACAUUCAACAGGCUCGAAAAGUCCCAGGCGUCACCAAUAUCGAUCUAGAUGAAGAAACGUGCACUUUUCACAUCUACGGAGAGGAUCAGGAUGCUGUCCGUGUAGCCCGAAGCUUCCUUGAGUUUUCUGAAGAUGUCAUCAAAGUUCCACGCAAUUUAGUGGGUAAAGUCAUUGGGAAAAACGGCAAACUGAUCCAGGAGGUGGUGGAUAAGUCUGGUGUAGUGCGGGUUCGUAUUGAACCUGAAAGUGAGAAAAAGACGUCACCUAUUGCAGCAGCUGUCAUCGAUGAGGGAAUGGUGCCAUUUGUUUUUGUUGGGACCAAGGAAAGUAUCUCCAACGCCAGAGUGCUGUUGGACUACCACCUCAACUAUCUUAAGGAAGUGGAUCAGCUUCGCUUGGAGCGCCUGCAGAUUGACGAGCAGCUGAGACAGAUAUCAGGCGGAAGCAGCGCCGUCGGACCCGGCCCGCGAAACCCAAAAGACAAAACCUACGUGUUUGACAACGGCACGGGGCUUGGAAGAGGAGCAGGUGGAGUUGGAGGAAAGCCGUAUGGUAGCGGAGGAAGAGGAGGCCGGGGGAGACGGGGCGGAGCAGCUUUUGCUUCAGCAGGCACCAACUCUGAGGCGUCUAACGCAUCUGAGACCGAGUCUGACCACAGAGACGAGCUGAACGACUGGUCACUGGCACCAACUGAAGAGCUGAUGACUGGAGGUAGCACUCUACCCAGACGGACAGAUGGUGGGAGGAGGAGACCAGGCCCAGGAGGACCACGAGGGCGAGGAGGGAGAGGACGAGGCGUCUACAAAGGUGACGACAUGCAGUGGAGUGAGUCAAGACCCCGUCAUGUCAGGGACCCAAAGAUGAGACCACCAGAAGACUCCUUACAGAUUCGAGUGGAUGGGAAUAAUGAGCGAAGUGUGCAGCACUCAGGUGGGCGAGGAGGUGGCGGCGGCGGGUCAUUAUCUCAGGGUCACCAUCAUCGACCCAUCAGAGAUCGGGGCAUGAAGAAGGACAAAUCAGAUGCUGCUCCACUGGUGAACGGAGUGUCAUAGAUGCAUCACUGGACGCCCUCUCCUCUCAGUCGCAUUUAUACUCACACAGGCAACAGGUCGUGUCCCACCCCUUACCUUUUCUCCUCUGAGUUUCUCAAACAUACACACAAAAACAUACACAUAAUUCCAGCAGCAUGGAAGAGUCGUCGUAGUGACGUGGUCGUCCAGAUCUGACCUGGUACCUGCUAUUCUGUUCGGGUGACUGUUCCUCCUGUUUCUGUCGUGUAGAAUGAAAUGAAGCAGGACGCAAGAGUUUUGACGACCAAACUCUGCCUUCCCAGCAGACCAGAGUCACUCUCACGUGCUCAAUACAGGGUAUAGCAACCUGUCUGCAUGAUUUUUAUUUAUGAAUGAUUCAAGUGGAAGAGUCCAGGCUCCGACGUCCUGGUGAUGUUUUCAACAAAAAAAAGGAAAAACAAUUGUCUUUGGUUUCCCCUGCAGAUAUUUGUAUAUUUCACUGAGGUAUUAUUAUUAUUUUAUUUUUUUUUGUAAAUCCUGCCUUUCAGAUAACAACUCGGAGUACCGCAUAUCAUAUCCACAUUUGAAGCCAGUCCGUGUUUCAGGCUUGCCAGUGCUUUUCUAAGCUCAGCAGUCACUUUUCUCUUCAGUCCACCUCAGUGUUGAACUCCUCCUUAAACCUGUUGGACUGCUGUUGCACUGCUGUCGUGAACCGCUGGUACAUUUUCGUCCCAGACUUAUUGUGAUCACUUUUGACGGCACUGUCCUGUAAUUUCCUGUAAAUGCUUUCUGGAUCACUGGUUCCGACGACUCCGAUGUCUCCGGCCUCUUUAGCUUACACUAAUUUCUGUCUCGAACUGUAAUAGCUGUGAUGUGACUUCAUGACCAUGGUCCCAGACAGGAGGAGCUGGGGAAUGUCAGCUGUUAACUGUCUCCAAAAGUCUCUUGUUUACAUUUAGAUUUGCGGCGAGUGUCACUUAGCUUAGCAACAAAUGAAUGUCCAGACAGUCUGUCCUACUGUAUCCGCUGGAUGUCCUCUCCAGUUGUGCUUCCCUAACACGAGGCUGGUCUUCUGCGGUCACUCACUUGGUUUACUAUUCUCCCGUGUUCUGGUGGUAGCUUGAUGCCGCGCCAUUAGUCGUGUAAAUGAUCUGCAAUUUUUGAGGCACUUCAGAUUAGGGUUACUAACAAGUCAAAGACAAGGAGGUUUAUUUUCAUUUGAGGGUCAUUUUUUUUGUAUCUAGUAGUGUUUUUUUUUUCUUAAUGUACAAGCUCUUUUUCAGAUUAACACCUUGUAUUUAUUUCAGUGGCUAGAGACAUGAAUUGCUCCACUUAACUCAUCACAUACCGUUCACUUUAAGUAGUAUGUUGGACAUAUUUUGACACCGAGUGUAGCUGACAGAGUUCACCCCGUGGGGGAAGUUCUCCUGGUACUUCUUAUCACUGUCAAACAUGGAGGAUGACCGAUCUGCAGAAUUUGCUCACGUCAAUAUUUCUCUGUUUUUAAAUCUGCUUUGAGUGCAGUAGGAAAUCCGGAGUCAGUCACAGCCGUUGUCUUUCUUUAUUCCCUGUCAGUCUUAAUCUUUUUCACAAGUCUUUAUCAUCCUUCUCCCUGGAUAUCUGUGCGUCUCUGUCUGUAAAUUUGGCCCAUUUUUUGAGGGCAUUGACUGCUUUUUAUACUGUUUGUCUGAAGGAUGUGGCCCUUUCUCCCCACAUGUAUGUUUUGAGUGCAUGUCUCACAUAUUGAGGUUUCAUUUACUCAGAAGUUGUUUUCACGCACUUUCUCCAUCCUUGAUCCUAAAUUUGACUUGUGUCAACCUGAAUUGGCUCCAGAAUGAUACCACUCCUCACAGAAAGUCACAUGCCCUGAGUGACGGUGUGACAUUCUUUUUUUUUUUUUUUUUUUUUUUUUUUUUUUUUAUAUAUAAUUGUAAGUUUUGUUGUGGUCUGCCCUUUGUCUGGUUCGUCAGGUGAAGUAGCUGAAGACGCUUGGAGUGAAGACAGGUUGACGUCAUUGUGGUGGUGAAACAAUGCAGAGAUUGUUAGUGUCAGUGAUGCACUGGCCACUUGUUCAAAACAAAACAAAAAAAACAACUGAUGUCUCAUAAUCAGAAUGAUGGCCUCCAAUAUUUUGUUGGAUUAACGGCUCUUACAAGCCCCUGUGUGUGUUUUCAGCUGUUUCAUAUUGUCCUAUAACUUAGACUGCUGUGACUUGGAUGGACUAAUAGGACGUUCUGUUGGUUUUUGAUUGAGAAUGAGAUUAUAAUUAGCGGUUGUUUCAAGUAAACAAAAUGUUCAAAUGUAAGUAAACUAUUGUUGAAUAAAAACAAACACAAAAAC